AUGGCGCCUGGUAUCAACCUCGACGACCGGAGUGCUUGGGACGACUCCGCCCUGAUCAAUUCAUGGGACGACGCGGUAGCCGAGUAUCAGAAAUAUCAUAGCAUUUCCAAAUCAGGCCAGCGACUGGAGGAUGCGUUAACGGAGGAAGAGCUGGAGAGAUUGCGAGGGGACUAUGGAGAUCUGUUGCAAGAGGAGACUGAGCCCGGUGUUGAUCCGAUCACCAACCCGGAUGCCACCGAUGCCGCACUACCACAGGUACAGACCAAUGGCGAAGAGCCGAGCGGACUGGGCGAUGCAAACGUAAAGGUGUGA